GUGUGGAUUGAUGCUGCUACCCAGAUCUUCUACUCAUUGGGAGCUGGAUUUGGAGUGCUCAUUGCAUUUGCCAGCUACAAUAAAUUUGACAACAACUGUUACAGGGAUGCUAUCUUGACCAGCACAGUGAACUGUGUCACCAGCUUCUUUUCAGGGUUUGCCAUCUUCUCUGUGCUCGGCUACAUGGCCUACAAACACGGAGUCAGGAUAGAGGACGUGGCCACCGAAGGUGCAGGACUGGUGUUCAUCAUCUAUCCUGAGGCCAUCUCCACCCUGCCUGGAUCUACCUUCUGGGCCAUAGUAUUCUUCAUCAUGCUGCUGACUCUGGGCAUCGACAGCUCUAUGGGCGGUAUGGAGGCAGUCAUCACAGGACUGUCGGACGACUUCAAGAUCCUGAAGAGGAACAGGAAGCUGUUCACCUUCGCCACGGCAUUCGGAACCUUCCUUGUCGCGCUCUUCUGCGUCACUAAUGGAGGUAUAUAUGUGCUGACUUUGUUGGAUAACUACGCGGCGGGGACCUCCAUCUUGUUUGGGGUGCUGAUUGAGGCCAUUGGGGUGUCCUGGUUCUACGGCGUGGACCGCUUCAGUGAGGAUAUCGAGCGCAUGAUGGGCUUCAAGCCAGGUCUCUACUGGAGGCUGUGCUGGAAGUUUGUCAGCCCCACCUUCCUACUGGUCGUGGUGAUAGCCAGCAUCGUGACGUCCACGGGCCUGAGUUAUGAUGACUAUGUCUUUCCUUCAUGGUCCAAUGUGAUUGGCUGGGGCGUAGCUCUGUCCUCCAUGAUGUUUGUUCCCAUCUACGCCAUCUACAAGUUCCUCAGUAUGCCAGGGACAUUCAAACAGAGGAUAGCCUACUGCAUCACACCAGAACACGAACAUCAUUUGGUGGCGGAGGGAGCUACCAUCAGACAGUUCACSCUCAAGCACUGGUUGGCUAUCUGACAACCUGAUGUCACCCAACCUUCCCCACUACUCACAAUUCCGGGGUGUUGGAGUCAUUGUGUUUCGACAGCAGAUGUUCCUGCUGCUGAGCCUCCUGCUACUGGAGGAUGGACAGGGAAAACGCCAUGCUCCUUUCUGCCUCUCUGUGUUCUGUUGGUUCUGAGCCAACCUGCGACCUGCCAUCCCCUCUUUUCCACUCCGCCCCUCAUCUCCRUCUCUCUCUGUCGAGUGACUACAGAUUCUCUCAUCAACCAUCCCCUCUUUUKCACUCRGCCCCUCAUCUCCRUCUCUCUCUGUCGAGUGACUACAGAUUCUCUCAUCAACCUCUGCCUACAGAGUCAACUCAGUAUCCUCCAUGUUUUUGCUUUUGAAGUAUCUUUUUAUUUAAAACUUUUUACCAUGUGACAUCGUCAUCAUCGUCAUUUUUUAAAUGUAUACAACUCAUAAGAUGGAGACAUUCCAUGCAGAGCAUCUACAGGUGUUUUCUGUGUUCAUGGACACAGUUAUUGUUUUUCAUAUCAUUUGUUUUUUUUACAUGUUUUUUUUACGAUGACUGUUGUUCUGUGUUCAUUAGUUAUACAUGAGUUAGACACUUAAACCAAGUCAAAAUGUACCAAAUGACCACUUCUGUCAUCAUGUAUACUCUAGGCAGGGGGAGACAAACAUGACUCACAUUGCUUUUUAUGUUCUUGAUUCUUUUCAAAGAGGACCCUCAAGCUUUUAGGUGAACGAGAAAGGGAAGAAAUCUAGUUUCAUUGCCCUCUUUGUAUGUCUGACUGAGUAGGUCCCCAGUCACUACUCUAGAUAACAGAGCUCAACUGUGUCAGUGCCUUAUCGAGCUAGACACUUCAGAACCUGUCAAUGUUUUCAUUGGUCCAUACAGAAAGGUAAAUGUUUUCAUUGGUCCAUACAGAAAGGUAAAUGUUUUCAUUGGUCCAUAAAGAAAGGUUUUGCCCGACGACUCAGGAAUUCUCCUGCAGAUCAGAGCUCGUGGAUGAUAGAUACACUUUAUGGUUACCAACAUACGUUAUUAAUUCAGUUUGAAUGACAAUGUCCUUUAGAUAUUCAUCUUACAGCAGUAGAGGUUUUUCRCAGUUGCCUUCUCCAUCUUUUGAAACCUACCUGAAACAGAUCUGAAGCUUUUGUCACCUGUCUCACAGAAAAGGGAACAAUUUAUGUUGAGAUUCAGAASUGUUUUGUCUUGCAAGUGGUCGUCCUUAUGCUUUACACGUGGCCUUUACACAGAGUAGAGGUCUACKUUGUCCUGCUAUGGUUACUAAUGGUACUGUGUGUACCAACUUUAAUGUGUUGCAUAGUACUAYCAUAUUUUCCUCUUCAGAGAGGCUUGUGCCCUUGAUCCAAUGAUUUUGCCUUCACCGUGCUUGUGGAUAAACAGUAGUAAUUGAAGAGUGGUGAAGACACAAAGGGAGGCUUUGAUUAAAUGAAGUUGAAUCCAGCACUUGAAAGAAGUCUUUAACAGAAAUACUUGUUUCAGUUUUCUAUGGAUAGGUAAGCACUCUUAGUGUUUUAGGGAACGUUUUCAGGCAUGCAAGAAAUGCCCUGUUUUAUCAAAAGCUUAACUGAAUUACAGCACUAACACAGGUAGACUCAACAAAACAAGUGACGUUUCUUUACUUUUUAUACAAUGUUCUCUUUGUUAUGUUGCAUCUUUCCAAUGCAUUGUUUUGUGGUCCAUAUGGGUGAGGGAAAUCAGGAAGCUUCUCCUUCAAAGAGUGUGUGGUUGUGUGUGUGUGUGUGUGUGUGUGUGUGUGUUGUGUGUG